AUGCUAACAAAUCUACGUGGGGCGUCACCGCUGUCUGAAACCAUGUCUGAUAACACAUUGGAACGACAACGAGCAGAAAGAGCGUUGAUCGCAAAAACUUCGUCUCUUCCACACAAAAAUAGCGGAUUAAGGAAUUAUUCUGAUAAGAACGGGAAUGAAGUCAGUAAAAGUCUAUACAGAGGGCGAAAAACAUUUGCCUUUUGGACGCUCGUGUGUUUAUUGUUUGUUUUGGCUAUUGGAAAUUUAAUUUUAACCUUCACCAUCCUUGCUGUUUUGCGACUUGGUCAUGGACUGGAGAGCAUGGAAUUCCUGCCAGAGCAUAAUGCGAUUAAAUUCUUCGGAGACACAAACCUUGAUCAUGUUUACAAAAAGGAUGGUCUUAUUGAAAGUUUUAAGGAUGUACCGAUGAGUAUUAAUAGCGAAAGUGGAGCUGUUGUGUUCAACUUGCAGACCAGACUCUCUCGUUCAGACACACGUCUUACGGUGAAUGCGUCUGGUGUCUUUGUAAGGGGUGUUAACUCGUUCGAACUUACCGAACCGGAGACUGGUGAAACAGUGUUCAGUACUAGCAGCGCUGAACUUACUCUGAGUGAGGCUGUCAAUAAUUUAGUGGCUAAGCAAGUAUCAACGAAGCGCAUCUCCUCGCCCGUGGACGAAGACCUCCUACUCCGCUCUGACACCUCGGUCCACCUCCAGGGCGCGGAAGGUACCCACAUGGAGUCCAAGACCUUGCACUGGUCGGCUGACCAGGAUAUAUACCUCAAAUCGAUCAACGGGUCGAUUGUUUUGAGUGGGAAAGAGGGUGUCUUUAUUGACGUCAGGUACCUUCCUAUAGCGGCGCCACUUACGCGCACGGGCGGUGUGGGGCAGUUCAAAGUGUGCGUUUGUAUGCCCCAGGGGAAACUGUUCCGCGUUGCUGUUCCAUCGGGGCAGAAGGUCACGUGCUCGCACGUCAAUAUGACUGGCGAUUUGAAUCCCUGUUUGUAA